GAUUAGUUAAAUAUUAAACUAAAAGCAAGGAAAUGUUACCAUUAUACUUGUUGACAGCAGCAAAGAACCAACCAAUUUUGGUUGAAUUGAAAAAUGGAGAAACUAUUAACGGACAACUUGUUAAUUGUGACUCUUGGAUGAAUUUAACCUUGAAAGAUGUAAUUCAAUCAUCUGCCAAUGCUGAAGAAUUCUUGAAGAUUCCAGAAUGUUACAUUAGAGGCAAUCACAUCAAGUACUUGCGUUUGCCCGAUGAGAUCAUGGAUCAUGCAAAGGAACAAAACAUCCAGAAUAUGGAACAAAGAAACAGAAACCAAAAGAGAAGAGGUGGUGGAAACUUCAACAACAGAAGAGGUUACGGUAAUCAAAGCAACGGUGGUAACAGCAGGAAUGGAGGCUACAACAACCAAGGCGGCUACGGAAACCGUCGAUACAAUAAUAACAACAAUAACAACAGUAAUAAUAGCAAUAGUGGAAGUGGAAGUAGCAGAGAUAACGCUAGUAACAGUAGCAAUGCAUCGGGUCAGGCCAACAGAUUUUAG